AUGUCUCUGGCACACUCCGACAACCUGACCCCUCAACCGAUCACUGAUAUCUUUACGAAUGAUACGAACAUCGACCGUCGCAAGUGCGACCAUACAGUCCCCAUGAAGGUGCUGUCACUCGGUCGCCUAGGCUACGGCAAGUGCUAUCAUAUGAUGUGUGCUAGUGUUGAGAACCCGCCCGACUGCCUAAUGUGGCACGAUGCCCUUAACGCUAAGUAUAAGGGCGAGAGUAGCUUCGGCCUUAAGGAAUGGGAUCAACUUCUAGGAGAUUGCCAAGCCGUGUGUAACUGGCCUGCCUGCGCCUUCGCUAAGGAACUGAUUACGGCCUACCCGAACGCCAAGGUUAUCAUAACUAAGCGCGACGUUGACCAGUGGUAUAACUCUGUUGUGAAGACCGUCUACUGGCGCGUGAGGGACCCAGAACACAAGUUCGUAUCGAACUUUAGCUGGGCCGCGAGUAUGUACUAUCCUAUGCUCAACAAGUUCUUCGAGACCUUCUUUCAAGGUGACUUCCUCAAUAAGGGCAAGGAAGUUUACAACGAGCACGUGUCCGAGGUCCGUAGCCUUGUGCACCCCGAGCGACUUCUGGAGUAUAACAUCGACGAUGGCUGGGGUCCCCUAUGUGAAUUCCUCGAGGAGGAAAUCCCUGAUACAUCCUUUCCCAGCGGUAACGACAUAGCCGAUUUCCACAAGCGUUGCAGCACCCGUAACCGGCAUCAAAUAAUGAACGUUGCCCUGCGGGUCAUUACCAUCGGUGGCUCAAUUUUGGCCACUGGUUUGGCUGUCAACAUGGUCUUCAAGCACUUUACUCGCUUGAGCCGCUGA